AUGUUACAGGAAAAUGAUAAGCAGAUGGAGACGGACAUGGACGAGCAUGGAGACAUGAAAAACGAUGCGUUGGCACAAGCUCAUGUAGCCUUGGAGCAAUACACACAAGAGAGAGAGAUUGCUAAACAUAUCAAAACAUGGAUGGAGGAAAAAUACGGGCCCACAUGGCAUUGCAUCGUUGGGUCCGAGUACAAGACAGCAUUUACUUACGAAAGCAAAAACUUUGUGCGGUUUAAUAUCGGCAAGAAAUGUAUCACACUCUUUCGUCACCCGUAG